AUGGCACACAUCUACGAAGUUGGCACAAGGGCCUGGCAACCCGACCCGACAGAGGGAUGGGUUGCAUCUGAGGUCAAGGAGAAGCUGGUGGAUGGAGAGAAAGUCCAGCUCGUGUUUGAGCUAGAAAAUGGAGAGACCAAAACCGUCGAGACUACGGAGUCCGAACUCCAGGUUGACAACAACUCGAAUCUGCCGCCGUUGAUGAACCCGGCCAUGCUGGAAGCAAGCGAAGACUUGACCAAUUUGUCUCACUUGAAUGAGCCCGCUGUCCUGCAGGCUAUAAAGCUCCGUUACGCGCAGAAAGAGAUAUAUACCUACAGUGGAAUUGUCCUGAUUGCCACCAAUCCUUUUGCUCGAGUGGACUCUCUCUACGUCCCGCAGAUGGUCCAAGUGUAUGCCGGGAAACAGCGAGCCUCGCAGGCACCCCACUUGUUCGCCAUUGCGGAGGAGGCUUUCGCUGACAUGCUCCGAGACGGGAAGAACCAGACGAUUGUGGUGUCUGGUGAAUCUGGUGCUGGCAAGACGGUGAGCGCCAAAUAUAUCAUGCGGUACUUUGCGACCCGUGAGUCUUCAGAUCAGCCUGGAAAGUACACCACAAGCCGAGCAGAUGCAAUUAGCGAGACGGAAGAACAAAUUUUGGCAACCAACCCAGUGAUGGAGGCAUUCGGUAACGCUAAAACCACUCGCAAUGACAACUCUUCCCGGUUCGGUAAAUACAUCGAAAUCAUGUUCGAUGACCGAACGAACAUUAUCGGUGCCAAGAUUCGUACCUACCUGCUGGAGAGAUCGAGGCUUGUAUUCCAACCCCUAAAGGAACGGAAUUACCACAUCUUCUAUCAGCUUGUGGCCGGUGCUACCGAUGAGGAAAGACAAGAACUCGGUAUCUUACCAGUGGAAGAAUUUGAGUACCUCAACCAGGGCGGUACACCGAUCAUCGAUGGUGUCGAUGACAAAGCCGAAUUCGACGCGACCAGAAAGUCACUGGCUACAAUCGGUGUGUCGACACAGUUCCAGACCGAAAUCUUCCGUAUUCUCGCAGCUCUGCUGCACCUCGGUAAUGUGAAAAUCACCGCAACUCGCACUGAUUCUUCUCUGUCGUCGUCUGAACCAUCCCUGGUGCGCGCUUGUGAGAUGCUAGGAAUCGAUGUCAAUGAAUUUGCCAAAUGGAUUGUCAAAAAACAGCUUAUUACGAGAGGAGAGAAGAUCACCUCCAACCUAACCCAGCAACAAGCCCUCGUGGUUCGGGACUCGGUGGCCAAGUUCAUAUAUUCCAGCCUUUUUGAUUGGCUCGUGGAUAAGAUCAACAGGGGCCUAGCAACCGACGAGGUUAUUGAACGAGUGCAAACUUUCAUCGGUGUGCUGGAUAUCUAUGGCUUUGAACACUUUGCAAAGAACUCCUUUGAGCAGUUCUGUAUCAAUUACGCGAAUGAGAAACUGCAGCAGGAGUUCAACCAGCACGUUUUCAAGCUUGAGCAGGAGGAAUACGUCCGGGAAGAGAUUGACUGGACUUUCAUUGACUUCUCCGACAACCAGCCUUGUAUCGACUUGAUUGAGGCAAAGCUUGGAAUCUUAUCUCUACUGGAUGAGGAGUCUCGACUUCCCAUGGGAUCCGAUGAACAGUUCGUGACGAAGCUUCACCAUAACUUUGCCGCCGAUAAGCAGAAAUUCUACAAAAAGCCCCGCUUUGGAAAGUCCGCCUUCACCGUCUGUCACUAUGCUAUCGACGUCACCUACGAGUCCGAUGGAUUCAUCGAAAAGAACCGUGAUACCGUUCCAGACGAGCAUUUGGAGGUGCUGCGCAAUUCGUCAAAUGACUUUAUCAAAGAGAUCUUGGAUACUGCAGCUACAGUUCGUGAGAAAGACUCCGCAGCUCUAACAUCCAAACCGGUCGCAGCGGCUCCAGGGCGCCGGAUCGGCGUGGCUGUGAAUCGCAAACCAACACUCGGGGGGAUUUUCAAAUCGUCUUUGAUUGAGCUUAUGCACACUAUCAAUUCCACCGACGUGCACUACAUUCGUUGCAUCAAACCGAACGAAGCCAAGGAAGCCUGGAAGUUCGAGGGUCCUAUGGUUCUCAGUCAGCUGAGAGCCUGUGGUGUGUUGGAAACCGUUAGAAUCAGUACGGCUGGAUAUCCGACUCGUUGGACUUACGAGGAGUUCGCCAUUCGAUAUUACAUGCUUUGCCACUCCUCUCAGUGGACAUCCGAGAUCCGGGAUAUGUGUCAUGCCAUUUUGCGCAAGGCCCUUGGUGAUGCGAAGCAAGACAAGUAUCAGCUGGGAUUGACCAAGAUUUUCUUCCGAGCGGGUAUGCUUGCCUUCCUCGAGAAUCUACGCACGUCCCGAUUAAACGAGUGUGCAAUUAUGAUACAGAAGAACUUGCGAUGCAAGUACUACCGCCGCCGUUACCUCGAGGCCCGGGAGUCCAUUCUUACCACACAAGCGUUCAUUCGGGGUUUCCUGGCGCGACAGCUUGCUCAGGAGAUCCGCCGGACCAAGGCUGCAACCACGAUUCAGAGAGUCUGGCGCGGCCAGAAGGAGAGAAAACACUACAACGAGAUUCGGAGCAACUUUGUCUUGUUCCAGUCCGUCACUAAGGGAUUUCUCUGUCGUCGCAACAUCAUGGACUCCAUUCACGGUAAUGCCGCUAAGGUCAUCCAACGAGCCUUUCGCUCUUGGCGUCAACUGCGAGGUUGGCGGCAGUUUCGCCAUAAGGUGGUCAUUAUUCAAAACCUUUGGCGAGGUAAGGAGGCCAGAAAGAUUUACAAGUCUUUGCGUGAGGAAUCCAGGGAUCUUAAACAGAUCUCCUACAAGCUGGAGAAUAAGGUGGUUGAGUUGACUCAGUAUCUGGAGUCGUUGAAACGCGAAAAUAAGGCUCUUGUCUCCCAGUUGGAGAACUAUGAGACCCAAUUGAAGUCAUGGCGAAGCAGACACAACACUUUGGAGGCUCGUGCAAAGCAGCUUCAGGUCGAGGCUAACCAGGCAGGUAUCACUGCGGCCGCUCUGGAAGUCGUGGAAAAAGAAAUGAACACGCUUCAGAAAAACCACACCGAAGCUCAAGUUACCAUUAAACGUCUCCAGGAAGAGGAGAGAGUAUCUCGCGAAGCCCUUCGCGCAACCAAUGAGGAGUUAGAGCAUAUCAAGCUGCUCAAUGGCGAUCACGAGAAGGAGAAAACAGUUCUCCGCCAGCGCGUUUCAGAGCUAGAGGAGCAGUUGGAAGUCGCCAAGCGAACUGUACCUGCCAACGGCAUGAACGGCGAGGUGUCAAAUGGCGCAGCUGCCCCAACUCCUGCUAGCGGUUUGAUCAACCUAGUCUCCUCCAAGAAGCCCAAGCCCCAGCGACGCAGUGCCGGUGCGGAGAAGGUUGGAACUGAUCGCUUCAGCGGUGCCUUCAACCCACGGCCCGUCUCUAUGGCAAUUUCAGGUCUUGGUGCUGCUCGCUCGAACGCCGCGACGUCACCAGGACUGGAUUCGGUGGAGGCGGAGCUCGAGCAGCUACUUUCCGAAGAGGAAGAUUUGAACGAUGAGGUCGCCAUGGGCUUGAUUCGCAACCUUAAGAUUCCUCUUCCAAGCUCAACUCCUCCACCCACCGAAAAAGAAGUCCUCUUCCCUGCCUACUUGAUCAAUCUUGUCACCUCAGAGAUGUGGAACAACGGCUUUGUCAAGGAAUCCGAGCGUUUCUUGGCCAAUGUUAUGCAGUCCAUUCAGCAGGAAGUCAUGCAGCACGACGGGGAUGAUGCCAUCAACCCGGGUGCGUUCUGGUUGUCAAACGUGCAUGAAAUGCUCUCAUUUGUAUUCCUGGCCGAGGACUGGUAUGAAGCACAGAAGAGUGACAACUACGAGUACGAUCGUUUGCUGGAGAUUGUGAAGCACGACCUGGAGAGUCUAGAGUUCAACAUCUAUCACACUUGGAUGAAGGUAUUGAAAAAGCGGCUGUACAAAAUGAUCGUCCCAGCCAUCAUUGAAUCUCAGUCUCUCCCGGGUUUCGUUACCAGCGAAACCAAUCGAUUCCUCGGCAAGUUGUUGCCCUCGAAUAACAACCCAGCUUACAGCAUGGACAACCUCCUGAGCCUUCUUAAUGGUGCCUACAAGGCCAUGAAGGCGUUCUACUUGGAAGAUACCAUCAUCUUGCAGACCGUCACGGAACUUCUGCGCCUUGUAGGAGUGACUGCAUUUAACGACUUACUUAUGCGGCGCAAUUUCCUGUCGUGGAAGCGUGGGCUCCAGAUCAACUACAACAUCACCCGCAUCGAAGAAUGGUGCAAGAGUCAUGAUAUGCCAGAGGGAACACUGCAGCUGGAACACUUGAUGCAAGCGACCAAGCUUCUUCAGCUUAAGAAGGCGACUUUGAAUGAUAUCGAGAUCAUCCAAGACAUUUGCUGGAUGCUAUCCCCGAAUCAAAUUCAGAAGCUUCUGAACCAGUACCUCGUUGCCGACUACGAGCAGCCUAUCAAUGGCGAAAUCAUGAAAGCCGUUGCCUCACGUGUCACCGAGAAGAGCGAUGUGCUCUUACUGACUCCGGUCGAUAUGGAGGACAGUGGUCCCUACGAAAUUGCUGAGCCACGAGUCAUCACGGCCCUGGAGACUUAUACUCCAUCCUGGCUUCAAACACCGCGACUGAAGCGACUGGCCGAGAUUGUGUCAGCGCAGGCGGUAGCGCAACAGGAAAGACUCGAUGGAGACAACGGGGCGCUAGAGGAGUAG